AUGUGUCCUGUAAUGUUUAACAGAGACAAGUGCUGUGAUGAUGAAUUUCAGUUUCCUACGUUGAGCUCAACACGUGAUAAUGAAAAAGCUGGAUUUACUAAGACAGAUAUGUGGACCAUUUUCGUUGGUUUUUCUUCACUGAUUGGAGUCGUAGUUGUAAUUUUGGUAAUCUGUUCAUGCUGCCCAGGUUGUAAUCUGUAUAAGCGAAGAAACAAUUGGACUGUUUACAAGCGCUUUGGCAGGGGUGAUACCUCAUCUGGGCGAAAAAAGAAGGGUAGUGUUAACAAAGGUGUCAAAAAGACAAAAACUUCAGUGCCGUCGUUAAACCAGAUACCGUCUGUAACAGUUGUUGCAAGUCAACCUGUGCAAGUGAAUUUUCCACAGUCGUAUACUCCAGAACAAAUUAUGGGGCAUGCUGUGUACAAUCAAUUACCUCAGCCACAAGCUGUCAUGCAGUCUCCGGAGUCUCCACCACACUGUAUUGUAGCAGUUACAUAUGAUUCUCGUCGUAUAAAGCUAGCACAUAACCCAAUAUACCGACAGUAAAACAAAUCUCAGCAGAAGUACUUUUAAUAUUUCGCCCAGUACAAUGGUAAAAUGUAGGUACAAAAGUUAAGACGUCAUGAUCAAAGAAGACUGCGUGAUAUAUUCUCACGAACAGAAGAAUGUAUUUCUUGGAAAAUACGAAGAUAUAGUUAUUUCUGCCCUGUAUUUAAGUUACUGAGAGAAAGCGAUGAGGGGUGCUAUUUAAGGAGUUAAGAACAGGUAAUAAAACCACAUACUAUAAAAAUGGCAGUGUUUAUUUUAAUACUGGUUGUUUGCAACCUAGUAAUAUUAGUACAUAUUAGUUUUAUGUAGCAUUGAAGUGUACUUUCAAAGUCUGAAAACUGAACAGAUAGUUGAAAUUGAAUAACAAUCGAAUUACAAAAGUGCUGGAUGUAGUCUUCCCUCCAUUUGUCAUCAAAAACCUGCAGUACUACUCUUUAGUCCCACGAAACAGUUGUGUUUAAGGAUUUAAAUAAUUAAAAUUGAGAACUAUUUAACAGUACAUUGUAACUUGCAUUUUUAUGUACGCUAAGUAAUGAAAACAUACUUUGAGCCAUGCUCAUGAUUCAGACUACCAGGUGUUCCUCAUGUAUGAGAACUGUUUGUUUUCAGUAAUUUGUGGAUUCCCUUCAUUACUACAGAAACACAAACUUGUGUAAUGGUUCUGUGAAUGCAAG